AUGAUCGUUACGCUCGGAUUGAAUAGAAGUAGCCGCGCUUUCUUUGGACCAAGUGUGAUUUCAAGAAGUUGCAGGCUUUUGAUAAGCAAGAGACUGAACAGCAAUGUGGCCAAGACAACAUUUAAACAGGAGAACCAGUUGCUGGUUGCACAGAGGAAGCAUAGACCUGUCUCACCGCAUCUAACUAUUUAUCAGCCACAAAUUACGUGGUAUUUGUCAUCUUUACAUCGUAUCUCUGGUGUCGUCCUGGGGAUGGGGUUCUUCGCGGUGACCAUGGCAUUUGGAGUAUCGACCAUCUUUGGAUUGGGGUUGAAUACUGACAACUUGAAGGCCUUCUACAAGGAGAAAGUGCCCUCGUGGGCUGAUCUGACGAUGAAGGCAGGCGCGGCUUACCUGUUCGUCUUCCAUUUUGGUAACGGUAUUAGACAUUUAGUUUGGGACAUGGGUAAGGAACUGAGUAUCAAGGGGGUCAACAGAACUGGUAUUGCAGUCCUAAUUGUAGCUGCGAUUGGUGGCACGUCACUGCUUUUCAAGUAA